AUGGCGACUCAAAUGGACAAAGAGCGUAUUCUGAUUACGGGUGUGACUGGGUAUAUCGGCUACCAAACACUUAUUCUUGCUCUCCAAAGGGGCUAUCGUGUUCGCGCAGCGAUUAGAAGACAAUCAUCGAUCAUCGAUUUGAAAAGAAAUCCUACCAUCGCAUCUAGCCUUGAGCAAGGAAAACUUGACAUUGUUAUUAUCUCGGAUUUUCUCAAAGAGGAUGCAUUUUUCCAACAUCUCAACGGAAUCACUGUUAUAGUUCAUCUUGCAUCACCUCUGGCUUUUUCGGCUGAAGAUUUCGUCGGGGGGAUUGUUAAGCCGGCUGUUGACAUGGUUACGACCGUCUUGGAAGCGGCCGCCCGUACGCCAUCCGUUCACCGCGUGGUGUUAACUUCUUCUUGCGUAACACUAAUUCCAUUCUCAUGGAAUAUGAGCCCAGACACAGAAAGACUGUAUUAUGCCAACGACAUCAAUCACGAGCUAGAUGGGCCAUAUGAAACUGCGAUGGAGGCAUACUGGGCCUCUAAGGGCCUUGCUCGAACUGCUGCAAGCGUUUUCGUACGCAAAUCACAGCCGCAUUUUGACUUCGUCAAUUUGUUGCCAUCAGUUGUACUAGGUCCCGACACUCGCCUUGACUUUGACCCUGCUGCGACUUCCGAUGGCCUCCGUCAAGGGGCAAGGGCUAACGUCCUUGCGCCUGCGCUGGACGCCUCGUUGAAUUCCUCUUUCCCCUUUGUCGGGACUCCUGUCCAUGUUGCCGAUGUUGCGAAAGCUCAUAUUGACGCAGUAGAUAGAGGUCUCGUACCAGGAAACUCUGAGUAUAUCUUGUCAUCUGAUACACCAGAUGGAGUCAUUUGGGACAGAGAUGUUCAGGCUAUCUGUCGAGAAUUCUUCCCAGAUGAAGUUUCGAGCAAGAAGUUACCUAUGGAGGGAUCGCUGCAAGCAAUCAAGUGGAGGCUUGAGGCCGAGAGCACGGAGAGAGCUUUUGGUUGGCAGUUUGUGUCAUUUCAAGAUACUAUGAAAGACCUCAUUCAGCAGUACCUGCGUCUUGAUCAGAGUGGAAAGAAAUGA